AUGUCCCCGCUCUUGGACAGCAUCGCCACCAUCGUCGGCGUCUUCCAGCAGCAUGCCCGGGGAGAUGGGGACGGCUCUGGGCUCAGCCGCAGGAGGAUGAGGGAGCUGAUCCAGAGGGAAUUCGCAGAUUCCCUGGUGAAGCCACAUGACCCUCAGACCAUCGAGAAGAUCCUGCAGUUCCUGGAGUGGGAUGGGGACGGGGACAUCGAUUUCAACGAGUUCCUCCUCCUGGUGUUCCGUGUGGCCAAGUGCUGCUUCUGGUUCCAGCCAAGGGCCCCGUUCCUGGUGCAGAGGACAAAGCUCCCAACCGGCGGGAAAUCCCUGCGGGAGACGGAAUUCAGGAGCAGAGGGAGCCGCCGGCAGCUCCAGGAGGAGGAGGAGGAGGAACGACAAACCCGGGAGAGGAAUCGUGAGGCUGAGCUGCAAGGAGACCUCAGGGUCAGGGAGGGGGAAAUCUCAGAGGAAACGAGGAGGGAUCAGCAGGAACGUCGCACACGGAGCAGGGAGGAACCACGCCAGGAGCUGAUCCCUCGGGAAUGCCGGGAAUGGAGCCAGGAGCCAUGCGAGCAGCGGGAGAGCCGGAGAAGGCGGCAGCCCCCGGAGCCAGACAGAAGAGAGGGAGAGAGGAGAGACCAGGAGGAAGAAGAGGCAGACGUGAGGACAGGCAGGCAACGCCGGGAACCCCAAGCACGGCCGGACCGGUGGAGCUGCCAGGAGCAAGGGCGUGAUGAAAGAACCCAGUGGCCACGAGGAGCAGAUGGAGAAGGAGACAACCGGCCACGGGAACCCGAAUUGCUCCGGGAGGAGAGGAGCCGCCACCGCCGGCGUGAGCUGGGACAAAGGGAGCUGGAAGGGAGAAGGCGCCGGGCGGCUGAGCUGGAAUGUCCGGAGUCCAGGAGGCCACACCAGUCGUACCUGGAGGAACCGUUAGAGAUCGACCUCGGGGAAUAUGAUGGAAGGAGACAGAGAGAAUCAGUGAGGUUUGAAAGGGACAGAGAGAUCUCAGUGGCAGCAGCUGAAGUUGACGUCAAAGUGCGCCGUGAGAUCCGGGAACGAGGUGAGGAGCUGGGGAGGAGAGAACGUCCCUGUGAGCGUGAGGAGGAAGAGAGGAGAAUCUCCCGGUUCAGAGAGAGGGAUGAAGCCGUGAGGGAGAGGAGGAUUGAUCAGCAACGGGAGCUGGAGGUAUCUGAGCGCCGGGCACGGGAAAGGGAGGAAGAAGUGGCCAGAGUUGGCCAGAGAGAGACACGGGACAGACGAGAGCGAGACAUCCGUGAACUUGAAGAUGACAGAAGGAGACAAAGAGAAUCAGCGAGGUUUGAAAGGGACAGAGAGAUCUCAGUGGCAGCAGCAGAAGCCGAUGUCAAAGUGCGCCGUGAGAUCCGGGAACGAGGUGAGGAGCUGAGAAGGAGAGAACGUCCCUGUGAGCGUGAGGAGGGAGCAGAACCAGAGAGGAGAAUCUCCCGUGUCAGAGAGAGCGAUGAAACCCUGAGGGAGAGGAGAAUCGAUGUUGAACGGGAGCUGGAGGUGUCUGAGCGCCGGGCAUGGGAAAGGAGUGAAGAAGUGGCCAGAGUUGGUCGGAGAGAAACACGGGACAGACGUGAAAUUGGUGAAAUUCGUGAGAUUGAUGAUGAUGGGAGGAGGCAAAGAGAAACCCUGAGGUUCGAAAGGGACAGAGAGAUCUCAGUGGCAGCAGAAGAAGCUGACGUCGAAGUGCGCCGAGAGGAGCUGAGAAGGAGAGAACGUCCCUGUGAGCGUGAGGAGGGAGCAGAACCAGAGAGGAGAAUCUCCCGGGUCAGAGAGAGGGAAGAGGCUGUGAGGGAGAGGAGAAUCGAUCAGCAACAGGAGCUGGUGGUGUCUGAGCACCGGGCACGAGAAAGGGAGGAAGUGGCCACCAGAAACCUGAGAGAGACAUGGGAGAGACGAGAGCGAGACAUCCGUGAGGCUGAAAUAGAUGCAAGGAGAGAACAAGAAGUGUAUGACAGAAGAGAGAUCUCAGUGGCAGCAGCUGAAGCCGACGUCAAAGUGCGCCGUGAGAUCCAGGAACGAGCUGAUGCAAGAAGACAAAGAGAUUCAGAGAGGUACGAGAGGGACAGAGAGAUCUCAGUGGCAGCAGCCGAAGCCGAUGUCAAAGUGCACCGUGAGAUCCGGGAACGAGAUGAGGAGCUGAGAAGGAGAGAACGUCCCUGUCAGGCUGAAGACAGAAGAAUUUGCCCCAGAAGAGACAGGGAAGAGCCCCUGAGGGAGAGGAGAAUCGACCAGGAACGGGAGCUGGACCUGGAGGGCUCUGAGCGCCGGGCAAGGGAAAGGGAGGAGAGACAAGAGCGAAAAAUUCGUGAACUUGAAGAUGACAGAAGGAGACAAAGAGAAACUCUGAGGUACGAGAGGGACAGAGAGAUCUCAGUGGCAGCAGCCGAAGCCGAUGUCAAAGUGCGCCGUGAGAUCCGGGAACGAGGUAAGGAGUUGAGAAGGAGAGAACGUCCCUGUGAGCGUGAGGAGGAAGCAGAACCAGAGAGGAGAAUUUCCCGUGUCAGAGAGAGGGAUGAAACCCUGAGGGAGAGGAGAAUCAACCAAGAACGGGAGCUGGAGGUGUCUGAGCGCCGGGCAUGGGAAAGGAGUGAAGAAGUGGCCAGAGUUGGUCGGAGAGAAACACGGGACAGACGUGAAAUUGGUGAAAUUCGUGAGAUUGAUGAUGAUGGGAGGAGGCAAAGAGAAACCCUGAGGUUCGAAAGGGACAGAGAGAUCUCAGUGGCAGCAGAAGAAGCUGACGUCGAAGUGCGCCGAGAGGAGCUGAGAAGGAGAGAACGUCCCUGUGAGCGUGAGGAGGGAGCAGAACCAGAGAGGAGAAUCUCCCGGGUCAGAGAGAGGGAAGAGGCCCUGAGGGAGAGGAGAAUCGAUCAGCAACGGGAACUGGUGGUGUCUGAGCACCGGGCACAAGAAAGGGAGGAAGUGGCCACCAGAAACCUGAGAGAGACACGGGAGAGACGAGAGCGAGACAUCCGUGAGGCUGAAAUAGAUGCAAGGAGAGAACAAGAAGUGUAUGACAGAAGAGAGAUCUCAGUGGCAGCAGCUGAAGCCGACGUCAAAGUGCGCCGUGAGAUCCAGGAACGAGCUGAUGCAAGAAGACAAAGAGAUUCAGAGAGGUACGAGAGGGACAGAGAGAUCUCAGUGGCAGCAGCAGAAGCCGAUGUCAAAGUGCGCCGUGAGAUCCGGGAAGGAGGUGAGGAGCUGAGAAGGAGAGAACGUCCCUGUGAGCGUGAGGAGGAAGCAGAACCAGAGAGGAGAAUUUCCCGUGUCAGAGAGAGGGAUGAAGCUGUGAGAGAGAGGAGAAUUGAUGUUGAACGGGAGCUGGAGGUGUCUGAGCGCUGGGGACGGGUAAGGGAGGAAGAAGUGGCCAGAGCUGGCCGGAGAGAGACAAGGGACAGACGUGAGCGUGAAAUUCGUGAACUUGAAGCUGAUGGGAGGAGACAGAGAGAAUCAGUGAGGUACGAGAGGGACAGAGAGAUCUCAGUGGCAGCAGCCGAAGCCGAUGUCAAAGUGCGCCGUGAGAUCCGGGAACGAGGUGAGGAGCUGAGAAGGAGAGAACGUCCCUGUGAGCGUGAGGAGGGAGCAGAACCAGAGAGGAGAAUUUCCCGUGUCAGAGAGAGGGAUGAAACCCUGAGGGAGAGGAGAAUCAACCAAGAACGGGAGCUGGAGGUGUCUGAGCGCCGGGCACGGGUAAGGGAGGAAGAAGUGGCCAGAGUCGGCCGGAGAGAGACACGGGACAGACGUGAGCGUGAAAUUCGUGAGAUUGAGGCUGAUGGGAGUAGACAGAGAGAAUCAGUGAGGUUUGAAAGGGACAGAGAGAUCUCAGUGGCAGCAGCCGAAGCCGAUGUCAAAGUGCGCCGUGAGAUCCGGGAACGAGGUGAGGAGCUGAGAAGGAGAGAACGUCCCUGUGAGCGUGAGGAGGGAGCAGAACCAGAGAGGAGAAUCUCCCGUGUCAGAGAGAGGGAUGAAACCCUGAGGGAGAGGAGAGUCGAUGUUGAACGGGAGUUGGAGGUCUCAGAGCGCCGCAGCCGCCGGACACAGGACGGUGAGUCAGAAGUGACCAUCACUGACCAGAGUGAGGCACGUGAGGAGAUCAGGCUGGAGGUCCUGGAGGAGGAAGAUGAGGAGGAGCUGGAGCAGGACCAGUACCGGUACCAGACCCUGGACGUGGACACCAUCGAUCUCUGCCCUCCAGGACAGGAGGUGCCCAUCAGUGACCUCCGGGUCCGGUACCGCCCCGCCGACCCCGACGUCCGGCCCGAGGUCCGGCUGCUCCCCGAGCCCGUGGAGCCUCAGACCGUGGCCUACCUGGUGCACGUCAUCCAGAACCAGCAGGACCCCAAAGCCGCCACCUACGAGAUCGUGUGCCACCAGCCCGGCCAGCGCGGCCAGCCCGUGCGCGUCCGCACCUGCUCCGUGUCCCCGCGGCCACCGAGCGACCACAGAGACCGCCCCGAGGUGCCACCAUCCAAACGCCCCCAGGAAAACCCUGGUGAGGGCCUGGAUGAGCCCAGGGAAAGAUCCGGACAAGAGGUGAAGGAAGGAGCCCUGGAGGAUUCUGGAGCCCUGAAGGAUUCUGGAGCCCUGAGAGAUUCUGCCGAUCCAGAGGCCGUGAAGGGCGAGCGGGUGAAAUCCAAGGAGCUCCGGAGGCGCCCCGAGGUCCCCGAGGCGGAGCAGGAGCAGCCCCAGGAUGAGGAGCCCCAGAAGGCCCCGCGGGAGCGGAGAGAGCGCCAGGCCGGCGAGGCCAAGAGCAGAGUCCCCCCGGAACGCCGGGAUCCAGAGCGGAGAGACCCCGGAGAAACCCUCGGGGAGGGAGCCCAGGAGGGCGAGGAGGCUCCCGAGGAGGAACCCAGCAAGAGGAGCCCCCGGGAAGCGGAAAAUUCACGGGUUUCUCAGGAUGGUGGCACCAAGCAGGGCCAGGAGCCCCCGCAGGAGGCUCCGAGCCGUGCCAGGGAUGAAUCCAAAACAUCCUGA